CUCAGCCCAACUUUGCCUUCUGGGGCAGGCGGGCUCCUGCUCCCAGAGCUAUGGUGCUGGCGUGGCGCUCCUCAACCGGCUCACCCGAGGGGACGCGCUGAGCUGAGGGGGACAGGGGCUUUCCUGAGCUGGCGCCAGGCCGCAGAGUGGGAGAAGGUCAUCCCACUCGGAUUAGUCGCGCCCUGCUGCUCCAGGUGAUUGUGAUGUGUGGAAAGCGUCGGGGCCACAGGGGAUUUCGUUUGUGAGAACGAGGGCAGGACCACGUGUCCCGGGAACAUCAACUGAACCGCGAGCCUUGGGGUCUGGGAGAUUGCUCCCGGGAGGUCUGCCAGAGCCAGGCGUGGGAGCAGUGCCGGGUACCCCGAGAACUGGACCGCCGCCCCUCCUUAGAAGACUUCUUCAGCUCUUUAGAUGAAAUAUAAGGAAAAAAGACAAACAUGGAAAGUGAGAAUACCAAGAAAGUACAAGUAGAAAUGAAGACAGACCUGAAUUUAUUGUUGGAAUGUCUGAAGUAUCACAUGGGCAACCCUUUGUCACAAAAGGAAGUUUUGAUCACUAUUCAUUCAGUUUGUCAACAAAACAGUGAUGCAGGUAUCUAUUUCCGGGAAAUUGGUGGUUUGAUGUUUGUACAGAAUCUUGCAAAGUCAAGUGAGCAUAGCAUGGUAAAAGAAGCAGCCUUAUACACAUUAGGAUCUAUUGCAGAAGAAAAUGUUUACUGUCAGCAAACUUUAUGUACUUCAGAGUUAUUUCAAGAUUUAACUUUGCUCUUAUCUAAUAAUGACUCAAACACUAAUUUGAAAAGAAUGUCCAUCUAUGUUCUUUUGGUUCUGGUUUCAAAUAAUAGAAAUGGACAAACGCUUAUAAGAGAAACAGGUUGUAUUGAAGUCCUGUCACAGUUGUUCAGGACAGUUCUUCCAAAUUAUGAGUUGAAUCUGUCAGAUAAUAAUGUUUUCCAGAGUUAUCUGUUGUGGUCUUCAGUAUGCAGUACUCUGUGUGUCUGUGUCAACAAUCCUCAAAAUGAUGAGAAUCAAAUGCUUUGUUGUUCACUUUUUCCAUAUGCUAAUGAAUGGCUAAUGAAUUGCAUGAGACCUGAGAUAAUUCGCCCUAUAUGCUCAUUUAUUGGACUUACUCUUGCAAAUAAUACACAUGUUCAGAACUGCUUUGUAUCUUCUGGUGGACUGGAUGUUUUGUCUCAAGUUCUUGUGCAGCUGGAGUCUGAUUCACACAAUACUUCUGCCAGUGCUAAGCUUGCAGUGGUAGUGACAAAGACCGUGGAUGCAUGUAUUACUAAUAAUUUAGCUACUUUUUCAUUGGUAUUAUCCAAAUACCACAUUGUUUCAAAACUUCUGACCUUACUGCUUCAUGAAAGUCUUGGUUCAGGAGAAAAAUUUAGCAUCAUACUUGCCAUUGGUCACUGCACAGAGGAUUGUGAGGAAAAUCAGUAUGAACUUUUAAAAAGCAAUGGGCUUCCACUAAUGAUACAAGCUUUAACUGAAUUUAAGAAUGAAGAACUAAACAAAGCUGCCACUUACGUGCUUCACAACUGCAAAAAAAUUACCGAGAAAUUAUCUCUAAGUCUAGGAGAGAAUUCUUUUGAUGAAAAUGAAGCAGAUCAACUAAAGAGCAUAAAUGACAAAGAGAAUCUUGAAGAGCAUUGGAAGUCAGCAAAGGAAAUUAUAUGCAGAAUAAAACAAUUUGAAAGAGAAGGAAAAGAGGAGAAAUUACAAAGUGGACAAUAUAAGGAUAACACCUCAUCCAUGAAAGUAAAAAUACAGAACAAUGUGAAACAUCUCUGUGCAGAUAGUAUUGGAAGUACCAAAGCAGAAAAUAAGUAUAUAAACCAGUCUGGACAGCUUCACAAUUUUAAGUCCAGUGGAGUCACGCCUAAAGCUUGUGGGAAUGAAAACCAAAAGAAGACUCUGAAAAAGAACACAAAUCCUCUUAAUCCUCGCUAUAGGGAGAGAGGGCAGGAUAAAAUUUUACAUAAAGCUACUUCAAGUUGUACUCAAAACUUAAAUGAAAAAAUGACUUUUAACAAAAAGGAUUCUGUUUCUCAAUCAAGUGAUCAUGUUGAACAUCCAAUUCACACUGUCAAAGAUAGAAAGCAACGAGUAUCAGAACCAGAUCCAUUUACAUUGUGUUUAGACAUAAUAGAUAAUGAAGUUGGUUUUCAAGCAACUGAUAACUGUUCCAAAAUGUUGAAAUAUAGGUGCUCAGGUUGCAUAGUGGUAAGAAAACGCCUCAAUAGCCGAAAUUUUGGCAAGCUUUUGCACUCUUGUGCAUACCUAUGUGAUCAUCAUAAAGUCAUUAUGGAAGCUGAAGAUAAAUAUAAAAAUGAACUAAGGAAAGCACUUAUCUGUGAGAAAGAAAUUUUGCUGACCCCUCGUAGAAGACAACUUAGUAGAGAAUCUACUGCCUCUGAAGGACUAAAAGCUAUUCAUCUAAAACCAGAUAGUCAAAAACGUCCAAGUUUGGAGGAACAGGCCUGUAAUACCAGCAUUCCAGAGGCAAAGGAAAGAAGAUUCCGAGUUCCAGGCCAGAAUGGACUACAUAAAAAAAGAAGAAUUCGUAAAAACUUUACCAAAGAAGAAGUAAAUUAUCUUUUUCAUGGAGUUAAAAAAAUGGGAAAUCAUUGGAAUUCAAUUUUGUGGUCUUUCCCCUUUCAACAAGGACGAAGGGCUGUAGACCUUGCUCACAAAUACCACAAGCUGACCAGAGGUCCCAACUGUGCAGCCAAAUGACUAGAGGAGACUCAGUUUUUUUGUUUGUUUGUUUGUUUGUUUGGGCUCUUAAAAUAGAACUUCUUAGAAGAUACAAAAUGUUAAAUGUUCUUCUAAACUCUUAAGAGACAGGGAAUGAUAAGAGUUUUGUGAUACAAACUCUUUAAAAUGUUAAACUAAUUUAUAAUGCAAAUACAUUUUUCAAUGUGAAAAUUAGAUAGAAUUUCUCCAUGAGACCAAAUAUGUUGUCCCUUUACUUUUCCUUAUGGUCAAAGAACAUAGAUCACAAGAAAAAAAAUCAUGAGCCUUUAAACAUCGCUUAACAUUAUAUUGCCAUAAAUACUAUAUGAGACAUUUGUAGCUAGGUGUUGGUGGGCAUUUCAGUAUUUUUGCCUAGUGCUAAUGUCCAUUCUAGAACUCGGGCCAUUUCUUAAGCUAUUCAACUAAGGCUCUCACCCAAUAAAUAAAAUUAAAAUUUUGACAC